AUGAUGAAGCAGCAAAAUUUUUUCAAGGCAUGCUUAAACAGAUUGCACAAGAUUGAUAGCAGCAGGGUCGUCAAACCUCUUGCAGGCCAAGGCCGCAGUAGUGAUGAUGAAUGCUGCAAAUCAUGUGGUGGUUGUUGGAAUUGGGCAUCACUAUCAGUGAAGCAUGAAAAACAAAGAAUCCCCAAGGAUGUUCCCAAGGGCCAUUUUGUAGUGUAUGUUGGGGAAUACCAGAAAAGGUUUGUAAUCAAAAUUGGGUUGCUCAACCACCCACUGUUCAAGGCAUUGCUUGAUCGAACUCAGGAAGAACAACUAGUAUAUCAUCACUCCAAAUUCUGGAUACCUUGUGAGGAGGAACUCUUCAUCAGUAUUGUUAGAUGUGCUUCCCCUUCUACUUCUAGGGAUCCAUACAUCUCAAUCUGCAUCUGCUGA